AGAAAGCAAGAACGAAUUGAAUUGAACAGAAUGACUAAAUUCCGGCCUUGUAUUGACCUUCACUCGGGUCAGGUUAAACAGAUCGUCGGAGGCACCUUAAGCAACGUAUCCGCGGACCUGAAGACAAACUACGUAUCGAAGCUCCCCGCCAGCCACUACGCAGAAUUGUAUCAUAAGCAUGGUUUACGCGGUGGUCAUGCCGUGAUGCUUGGGCCUGGGAACGACGAUGCUGCAAAGGAGGCACUCAGGGCAUGGCCUGGGGGGCUCCAGGUUGCAGGGGGCAUCACCGACAAGAAUGCCCAGUAUUGGAUUGACCAGGGUGCCGAGAAGGUUAUCAUCACAUCAUUCCUCUUUCCAGAAGGGAAGUUCUCUCUCGAGCGACUAGAGUCGGUUGUAUCAGCUCUGGGUGGCGAUAGAUCAAAGCUGGUCUUGGAUCUAAGCUGCCGAAGAAAGGAUAAUACCUGGUUUGUGGCCAUGAACCGCUGGCAAACCAUUACGGAGAUGGAGAUCACCCCGGAGUCGAUCUCGUUACUGGAGCCGUAUUGUUCCGAAUUUCUUAUCCAUGCGGCCGAUGUCGAGGGACUACAACAAGGUAUCGACGAGGAACUAGUAUCCAAGCUAGCUCAAUGGUGUACCAUCCCGAUUACAUAUGCUGGAGGUGCCCGUAGUUUGCAGGAUCUAGAAAAGGUUCAUUCGAGCAGUCAGGGAAAGGUUGAUUUGACCAUUGGAAGCGCAUUAGACAUUUUUGGCGGAUCCGGCAUUACAUUUGAAGAGUGUAUUGCGUGGAAUCAAUCUCACUAGAUAGCCGAAUAUAG